CCUAACAAUGGUUAGUAAUUAUCCUCUACAAGAUGUCACUAUAAUAGAUGCAUUCAAAUGAAAUUAGGGACGAAUUAAGAAAGGGACGAAUUGGGAUCGGGGACGAAUUGAGAAAGGGACGAGUUAGGACUCAAUUAGAGUGGGACGAAUUUGAGAUGGGACGAAUAAGGGACGAAUCGGGGAGCGACCGGUUAAAUCAACUGGAACAAUAAUCUAAAUAAAUUGUUAAGUAAUAAAAAAAAAAAGAAAAUUGAAUCAAUUUAAAUUUUGUUAAAAUAACUAACAUUUGUUAAUUGAAAAUUUUUUCCAGCUAGUAUAUCAUCAAUUCCACCUGAACCAAUACUAUUAGCAACAAAUACGCGCAAGAUUUUACUUAAAUAUAUUGCACGUUUUUGUCCAAAAUGA